AUGGGCGAGUGCCGACCGCAGCCACAGAUUGGCACAGCCAUUUGGGACACCCUUCCUGAGAAAGAACCACGGGUGCGGCAGGGUGCUCCGAGGAGCCAGCUAGACUCAAAGUUUUAUCCCAAGGAUCCUAUUCCUGAGCGUCCACUGAAGCGUCCGAAGACACCGCCCAAGAUUGUUGAGAAAGCAGAGGGCAUCCGGAAGAUCGAAUGCAUUCCUCUCAAGCAACGAGCUAUUCAUGACACUUCAAAGCGAUGUUUUCCAUGGGCUCGGAGUCAGCCAACUGGAUAUGAUAAUCCAGUGCAAUGGGAAGAGGCACCUGUUCCUGGGAAACGCCCGUCGCAUCCGGUUUCUGCCAAUGGACCAGUUGGCGUUGAACAUCGUCGAUGUUUUCCUGAAAAAAUUAUCCCUUCAUCGAUUCCACCUGCCCUUUGCAAGCCUCCAUUUGGCUCCGAAUGGGGUGGCUGGGCCUUGAAUGGUGCUCCAGGUCGGGGACCAUUGCAACAACCUUGGGAUUCUUUGCGAGGUACCAAUGAGGAGCGAGAAGAACGAUUCUGUGAUGCACGAACGAAGCGCUUUCCAGAGAUGAUGUAUGAUGACACCUUCCAUCGAACACAUUGGCACCUGGAUGCGAAGAAUCAUGUGGACCAAGCUAGUGCCAAGCGUGUUCAUUUGAAUGUGCCGAAGGCCAUGAGUCCGUGGAAGACAAGUGACUCAGAAAUUCUGGCUCCAAGCUCCACGUUGGACAUCAUUUGGCCAUUCCAGCUGCUGGCAGAGCGAGUUCCAGCACCCGGUUGGGUCAGAAGUGACUCUGACGCAACAUGCCUGUCGAAGGGGCUGCAAUGGACUGGUACGAGCGAGUUCGUGGUCAGGUCAAGCUUUGAAGUGCUGAUCGGGGAGGUCCAUCGCCAGCAACGUCUCGCCUUAGCGAGCUACCAGCUGCUGACUCAACAACAUGAGCUUUGGCAGAAGUCUGUGACGAAGGUGCUCUCGCAGGCUGACCGCGCUGGUUGUCCAACUGGGACGAGUGGUGAGAAUGGAACUACGUCAGGGUUGACGCCUCCACUGCUGUCCGCCACUGGUGGCAACAUCCAAGCGGAGCCUCUUCAGUUACCUGAGCCAGCGCUUCCGACAGAGUCGUCCAUAAAUCUUAUAUUGCCGCCAGCAGGUUUUGUCCAGUCGAACAAGACGCGAAAGACUAUGGCCCUUUCAUCGGUGGAGAACUUCCAAGCCUCCAACCAGAAAGGACCGCUCAAGAAGAUUGUGGCAGAGAUCCUUCUCGACCAAGAGGCACAAAAAAGGCGAGCUGACUUGGGCUUCUGGUCCGAGGGGCAAAAGAAAGUGGAAGAAUUUGUGCUUUCCAAAUGGUUUGAAUACAUCACUGGUCUCGUCAUCCUCCUCAACAUGGUCACAAUUGGCGUAGAAGCGGAGCUGUCAUUGCACCACACUGACGGGGAUACAUGGGCAGCACACGCUGAGAGGAUCUUCUUGGCACUCUUCACCAUCGAAAUACUGCUGCGCAUAAUCGGGCUCGGCACGAAGAACUUGACGAACGUGUGGUUCUACAUGGACUUUCUCCUGGUUGGAAUCGGCCUGUUGGCCCGCGUGGUGAUACCAAUCAGCGGAGCAGGAGGUUUAGCUGGGUUCGAGACAUUGCUUUUGGUAAGAUGCUUGCGUCUUCUGAGACUAGUGCGGGCGCUACGCAUGGUAAGCCAUUUCAAGGUGAUGUGGCGCUUGGUUUACAGCCUUCUGACAGCUGGGCAAACCAUGCUCUCCACCACAGUCCUGAUACUGUUGGCACUUUUUAUCUUCGGUUGCGUCGCUUUGGAGUUCAUAACCAAGGAUCCAAAGCUCAGUUCUCAUCCAGAAACUGGUCCCAUCGUGACAGACUUUUUCAGCAGUUUACCUCGAGCGAUUCUGACUUUGACACAGUUUGUUACCUUGGAUUCCAUUGCUGCAGUCUACUAUCCCCUGAUUGUGCCAGAAGUUCGAGCCGCGGAAAGUGGAGUGAAAGGAGUUGCAGCCGAGACACUGAAACUCGGACUGCUGACUGUGCUGCAGAUCAGCCGAUCAGAAUUUGUUGCGCCGGGUGAAGCGAUUCUGGAGGGCCGAACGUGCAGUUUUCUUUUCCGAUUGUGCAACGUGCUCUUUGGUGACAUCUCGAAUCCAUCGACGGCCUUUCCGCACUAUUUCUAUCACGAUGCCCUAUGUCCCAUUGCAGUGCAACAGAAGGUUCGUCGAGACUGUCCUUCGGAAGGUGACAGCGCUCUUGCAUUUUGGCAAGGUGGCCAGACGUUUCAUGGAAUUAUGGUGAUUCGACCAGAGACGACAAAGGGCGAGUUCAACGUUGUGUUUGCUUUCCGUAUUAUGCAGGACAAGUUUGCCAGCUGGGCCACAUUUCAGUUUCGCAAAGUCCUUGAAGCUGUGCGCAACACAACGCAGUGGUUUCUGAAUCGACCGAACAUUCAGAAGCUGCGUGAGAUUGAUGAGAAGUUCUACGUGGUCCUAUCCAUUCAAAGCUUCAAGCGUGGCUUGCCCAUGAUGCCGUGCAGCAGAGAACCUUUAGUCACCAUUGACGCUGGAGAGCGACUGGGUUUGCCACACUGGCGACGCUACAAGACUCAGCAAGAGCACAACCCUCGAAAGAGCAGAUUUCACUUGUUUGAGUAUGUCAAGAUUUUGCUCAACGCAAUCGGCGAGGACAUCGAGGCAUUCGAUACCUUGGACGGGCGUGAGCUGGUUUCUUACCAGUGCGUUGUCCGCCGAACAGACUGGGAGCUCUUGAGAAACCGUUUCGCGGAGGUUGUCCCGCUGGCCAAAGCUGCAUACCGUCGCGCCAACGGCGGCACCUACGCGCCAAGCAUUCACGAAGAUGCAGAAGCAAAGUUCAAUCCACAGGAACCAAAGGCCGACGGAGCAGAACAUUCGGGGCAGCCUGAGCCAGAUCCAACCAGGUUGGUGGUGCGCAACACCUUCCUGGACCUUGAGGAACAGCAUCAAGACCUCAUGCACAGACCUCCUCGUAGAGCCAGAACAGUGAAAAUCAACGUCGCGCUUUGAGUUAACGAAAAGGAAAGAACAAGGCUGACGACUCAUGAGACUUGUACAGAGUGCCAUUGUUGGCAAGGGUAUUGGCAAAUACGAGUCAGCAUUUGGGCUGAAAUUUGUGUAAAGAUUCUGCACUGCAGAGAGAUGAAAAUUCAACCACUCCACUCCAGCCUUGUACAGUGUCCAGCUUCAGAGCCGACAUAGUGCUCUGACCAGCUCUCAUGGACCCUGGCUUAUCACGGGGUGUAAUUGCACAGGGCCAUGCCCGAAGUGAGGCAGCGAAUAUUCGGUCCGACUGCGUGCCUGACCAAAGCUCAGGAUUCGCCUGUUUGAACUCACGGUCCUCAAAGAAGAAGCAACAUUAAGUCCAUUACUGUGCGCAGAUUUGUAGGUUGAGUGAAACAUAUUAUUCUUUAAGGAUGUGAGUCUACAGACACUUUCCUUGCAAGCAUCC